ACGGAGACGGAGGAGACAAAAUGGUUGAACUGAGAUGGACGAUUUUCUUUGUGAUGCUGCAGUUUGCAGGAACUGAGCAAAAUCCAUCCUACAUCAUGGCCAGAUUUGAAGAUGAGGUCACUUUGCCUUGUGACAAUGUGAUAAAAAAUCAGAACCAAUGUACCCAAACUUCUUGGUUUUACACUGGUUCUGAAGGAGAUCAAACAGCAGAGCUGAUUAGUCUCGGUCAGAUUGAUGAAAGUGAGAUAGCUGAAGAUAUAUCCAACAGACUGAGUGUGACAGCAGACUGUUCUCUGGUUAUAAAGGACGUCACAUAUAAGGAUGUUGGUCAUUACAGCUGCAGACAGUUCAACAGAGCAGGACAACAACAAGGUGGAGAUGCUCUGGUUGUUCUGUCUGUUAUUUUCAUCUAUGAAAAGCAGAAUGGUAAUCAAACUACCUUGACCUGCUAUGUAUUUAGAUAUGAUAUACAUAUAUGUGAACACACAGUUCACUGGUUGUUUGAUGGUAACAACAAUGACACAGAGACAACAACAGGUUCCUGUUCAGCCAGUGUGACAUUUCCAACUCCUCAUCCUAGUCAGAAGUCAAAGUUCUAUGAGUCUCUGAAGUGCAACGUGACAGAUUACAGGAGUGAGAAAACGCUGCUGUUUUCAACAGAUUCAGAGGGUGUGGCUGAAGGUAUCGACACCUUGCAUCCCACUCUCUCUCCUUGGUGGUGGAUCAUCAUUGUGCUUGUGGGUUUAGCAGCUCUCAUAACGGCUGUUGUGGUGGUCAAAAAAUGCAUAUAAUAACUAAAGGUCCUGAAUGAUGAGGAUGACUGUACCUUCAUACAGUGAUGUAUGAAAGCGUUGGAGAACCUUCUGCUUCUAUCAGACUCCACUGAUCAACAACUUCAACAUUGGCAUGAAGUCGUAAAAGAAACGCAUCACAUUAUAGGAAGUGCUUUGCUAGAUAAUGUCAAACUCCUCUUUCAGAUUUAAACAUUUUCUAUUCAGCACUGACAGCUACGCCAUCGUUAAACUAUUGAGUCUUGAUUUGUAAAGAUCAACAGAUUGUUUUUUUUUAAAUUAUCAUUUACACUUUAUAGUUCUUCUUUAAACACAUAGGCUACAUGGUUUGAAGUGUGAUAUAACUGCCAUAUUUUCAGAUGUUUAUUCAUUUUUUCUGUAAACAUGUUGUUUGGAAGUAUAAUAUGUUUCAUACGCUUUGCUGUGUGCGCUUGAGUGAGCUUUCAACUCUAACAGAGUCUUGUUAGAAUUAUAUAAUCUGCAAAUUAAAGUGCUUGAUAACCACUAAUGCAUUGUGGUUUU